GGGGACGGUUUAGUCUGGGGACCUUGUUUUGUUGGCAUCAUAGCAAAUUACUAUUUUGCAUUCUUCGCGGUGUAGUUGUUGGUGACAAACUCUAUAAAAGUAGUGAUUUUUUAAGAGAAUUUAUUAAUGAUGGCCCGUCGUAAUAGUGUCGUCGACGUGCAACUAAUUUGUUACAAUUCGAGAAAGUUUUCGAUAUCGCCCUUCGAGUUGCCCAACUUUCGCAAAAAUGAUGAACUCCCCCCAGAACAGAUCGCCGUGCUCCGUAAGGCUUUUGAAGCCUUUGACAGCCAGAAAUCCGGCAGCAUCCCCUGCGACAUGGUAGCCGACAUUUUACGUCUCAUGGGCCAACCCUUCGACAAAAAAAUCCUGGAAGAACUCAUCGAAGAAGUUGACGCUGACAAAUCUGGACGUCUUGAAUUUGAAGAAUUCGUCACUUUGGCAGCUAAAUUCAUCGUUGAAGAAGACGAUGAAGCCAUGCAAAAAGAACUGAAAGAAGCUUUUAGGCUUUAUGAUAAAGAAGGAAACGGUUACAUCCCAACCACUUGUCUUAAAGAGAUCCUGAGAGAAUUGGACGAUCAAUUAACAGACAGAGAAUUGGACAUGAUGAUCGAGGAAAUCGACACUGAUGGUUCAGGAACUGUUGAUUUUGAUGAAUUCAUGGAAAUGAUGACCGGUGAAGUUUAAGACGUCUUUUGAGGCCCUUUUUUAUUUUAUUUUUUUAAUUUUUAUGAUGUGUAUUUUUGUCUAGUUUAGUAGAUGUCCAGUGUUUUGUGUACAAUAUUUUUUAUUUUUUAACAAACUGAUGUAACUCUGUGUAAAUUUCUGUAUUUAAAAUUUGGUAAAUAAAUAUUAUUUUGUUAUAGUUUGUUUAAGUACCUAGUGAAACUUUGC